AUGUCUAUUAUUGAUCGAUAUACUUGUACAUGUAAACUGGCAUCACCUAUGCGUCGUCUUACUAAACUUAAAAUGAUACCAUGGUUGAUCGGUAUAACUAUCAUCUUGAGUUUUCUCGCUUCACUUCGUGGACUCAUUCUUUUUGAGUAUAAACGUGUUGCAGGAUGUGUAGCAACAUAUCCACUGAUCAAUAAUAUUUUGUAUUUUGUGGUCCAAGUUCUCAUGCAACCAGUGAUAAUGCUUGUAUUUGUCUUGCUGACUUUUCGGAAUGUUCGUCAAAGUCGUCAACGAGUACCACAAAAAGCUGUUGAUAAUUGUGAUAUAGUAUUAAAAGAAGAUAAAACUAAUCUUCGUACUUUAUAUGAAUAUUAUACACGUCGACAUGAACAAUAUCCACGAGAAAAAAAAUAUGAAUUUGAAUUAAUUCAAUAA